AUAGCGAAUGUCCUUACUGAGGAGUUGGCGACACUGGACAUGUGCUAGCUCCGUUAGCCUCAUGCUAGCACCAUGUAGAAGCGGUCACACCUCCAUCCAGUGAUCUGCUCUGGUUCCGUGCUCAACACGCCCGCGGGCGAGAUGCUGUGACCCCGCGCGGUGUGAAGUGAGCUCACCUCCGGACUACGUCUCCUCCCGCCGUCCUCCCCGCCUCCGGCCGUCCUCUCCCCGGUCGUCUCCAGCUCCCGUCAUGUGGGUGUUCGGUUACGGCUCCCUGAUCUGGAAGGUGGACUUUCCCUACGAGGAGAAGAAGAUCGGCUUCAUCAGAGGCUUCAGCCGCCGGUUCUGGCAGGGAAGCACCGACCACCGGGGAGUACCGGGGAAGCCUGGCCGGGUGGUGACCCUGGUGGAUGACCCUGAGGGAUGCGUGUGGGGCGUCGCCUACAAGCUGCCGACGGGCCAAGAGCAAGAAGUGAAGCGCUACCUCGACUACCGAGAAAAAGGUGGUUACCAGGUCAUCACGGUGACCUUCCACCCCCGUCCACCCCUCAGCCCCCCUCCCAACCAGACGCUGCUCUACAUCGGCUCUCAGGACAAUCCGGACUACCUCGGCCCCGCCCCUCUGGAGGUUAUAGCCAACCAGAUCGCCAGCUCCACCGGUCCGAGCGGGCAAAACUCGGAGUACCUCUUCCAGCUUGCCGACGCUGUGAGAACAAUCCUGCCCGAGGAUUCAGACGAGCAACUGUUCUCUCUGGAAACCUUAGUGAGACAGAGAAUACAAAACGGGAAGUAACCCGCACAGGUUAAUCAGAUUAGAUUAAAAACCUAUGUCCUGCUCAAUUGUAUAUUUAAGGAUAGAUUUAGCAAAUAAUCUCAGGGUUUAAGAUGCACAUGGGGCCAGCCAGGAUGUUUGUGGGGUUGAGAAAAUCGGUGUUGAUGAAGUAUUGUUUUUAUUCCUUUUAAUGUCACACUGCAAAGAAAUGGCACAUGCUUUAAAAACACUACGCUGGAAACAUUGUAUUGGCGUGUGUUGAAGGUGGUUUCAAAGUUGGACAAAUGUCAAAACAAAGCAUCUUAUUGUUGACUGAUCACAAAUAUGCUUAGUGUAAACGUGUCUGUUUUCUCAAUGUUCAAUAUUCGACAGCACGAGGCAGGAAUGUUUCAAUGGAAUAAAUGAUGAAUAUUCUGAGAUUCAAAUUCA